AUGCGUUUCCUUACCGAUCCUCGCGGCCUUGGUGAUCCCAACUCGGAGGAGGUCCCUCUGCAAGUCAUCGGAGCUGGCCUCCCUCGCGCUGCCACGUCUUCAAUGCAAGCAGCCUUUGAGAUCCUUGGUUUUGGUCCGUGCAUGCACAUGGCAGAAAUUCUCCCUCAUCCAUCUCGUCUGCGUCUUUUUAUCAACGCUCUGCGGGAGAAAGAUGACGCUGCGCGAAAGAAGAUGGUCCGCCAGCUCAUUCACGGACAUCGUUCCAUCUGCGAUCUUCCGGUUGUUUAUUUUACCCCCGACCUCAUGGACGAAUACCCCGACGCCAAGGUCAUAUUGAACCAGAGACCAGAUGCCAAGCUUUGGGCGAAAAGUGCCGAGGAGAGCUUCUGGUUCUUCUUCAGCCCGUGGUUUAAAUGGGUCGGGUUGCUCUGGCCUUCGGACCGCAUGUGGUAUACUCUCAACCUGGAGAGCAUUAAGCUGACCAAGGAGAAAUAUGGUUCCGAUACUCCUUUUUCUGCCGAGACGUACAACCAGUACAAUGAGGAAGUUCUGGCUGUGGCAAAGGCGCGAAACCGUGAGGUACUCCAGUUCAAGGCUGAAGAUGGUUGGGAACCUCUUUGUAAGUUCUUGGGGGUUGAGGUACCGGAUCAGCCUUUCCCGAGGUUGAACGAGAGGACGACCUUUCAAAUGGUCAGGAGGAUUUUUAUUGCGAAGGGACUUCUUUCUUGGGCAGCCCUGUUUGGUGCAACAUGGGGAUUGUGGAAGGUUACAUCACGUUUCUUGUAG